GUCAUCAAAAGGUGGCUUCUUCUGCGCCUCGCGCACACGCGUGUGGUUGGAAGUUAGGUGCCUGGCCAUUACUAAAAGCUUAGUAACGCUGGGUUUGGGUUAUUCACGUGUAAUAGUGUAGGGUGCAGGAGGAGAAUGAGAAACCUUUCCUACGAAAUGUUCGUAGUUGGAAAACAACCCGGUCGAAAGUGAAGAGCGAACUGUUUUAGGCGCUGAGCUCUUCUCUCUCUUAGUUUGUGCGAAAAAAAGGACCGGGCGGGUGGCGGGUUGUCGUUGCGUUUCCCGCCAUGACGAGUAGAAACGAGGAGCUGGAGGAGGGCGCGCUGUUUCCCGUCGAGGACGGCCUGUUCGCAGACUGCUUCUCCGAGGAGGCCGUGUACCGCUUCGGCGAGCAGGAGCUGAAGAUCAGCCAGCUGUUCGGCGCCAGUCUCGGCGUGGCCGCGCCGGUGUGGGACGCUGCUGUGUGUCUGUGCCGUUACGUGGAGGAGGCUCCGCUGGACGUGAGCGGCAGGAGGGUGAUAGAGCUGGGCUCCGGCACCGGCAUCGUGGGCAUCCUGGCAGCGCGACUCGGAGCAGAUGUGACACUGACUGACCUCCCUCACGCCAUUCCUCAACUGAAAAACAAUGUCACUGCAAACACUCCUCCGCUCGGGUGGCCUUUUGUUACUCCCAGUGUCCUUCCCCUCUCCUGGGGACUGGAUCAUGAUCGGUUCCCCUCGGACUGGGAUCUCGUACUUGGCGCUGACAUUGUGUACUUGUCAGAGACCUACAGCCUGCUCUUGGACACACUGACACAUCUGUGUAAGAAUGGGGCUACUUUGUACCUGUCGUCAAAGAUGCGCGCCGAGCAUGGAACGCCCGACUUCUACGACAACAUUCUGUCACAGAGGUUUAACUGUCAGCUGGUGUGCUGCGAUGCCCUGCAGAACAUAAACAUCUAUCGUGCAACGCUGAGGAGGGGAGGGGAAUAAACAGAGAGAGGUGACCUCUCUCGAUGAGCCUGUUCAAUUGGAGUCGGGUUUUUGAUUAUUCUUUGCGCGGAUGCGAUUUUAAAAGAUUUCUUAGUAACUUGAGUCACAUGCACGUAUUAGCAAUACUUGGCGUGGUAUAUACGAGUACAAGUUACUGAUCUUCAAGAUGUGAAAUUCUGGAAAAUUCACAUCUUUUAUUAGCUUUUCCUCAUUUUGUAAAUCGGCAGCAACACUUCAAAGACUCAUGAUGCAAGAGGAAAUGGCUAUAUUUAGCUUUGAAAUAAGUUUUUGGCAGUGUUUUUUUAUAAUUCACAAAUUCCGUUACAGAAAGUGCCAGCUAAUUUUUUUUUUACUUGGCAUGUCCACUGUGAAUGAAAGAAAAUUAAAGAGUUUUGCAU